AUGGCAACUUAUGAAGCUAGUCCUGGGAGGGAAACCAGCAUCAAUUAUCCUCUUGUUAACUUCUUGAUGGCCACUGAAGCUGAUUUCUUCAUUGGAGCAUUAGGUUCUACAUGGUGCUUUCUCAUUGAUGGAAUGAGGAACAUUGGAGGGAAAGUAAUGGCGGGGUAUUUGAG